UCCAUUUAGGUGACACAUCAGGGAAUGCGAUCAUAUUUUUUUAGUGCUGACACUCAGGAAGAUUUGCUGGGUUGGGUCCGAGCACUAAGCCAAUCAGCCGCAAUGGAACAGGCCAGCUCUAUAAACAGACGCUGCUCCAGUUAUCAAGAUUUUACCAGAAUAGAUUACGGUGAAUCAAUAGACUUUACAAAAAAAACUUCUGACGGCAUAGGUCACUCCCAGAAACACAAGCACGUGAGCAGGACACUGACCAAUCUGAGUCAGCUCACAGUUGGACAGACGGGUGCAUCACAGUGGGCGAGGGAGAGAUUGCAUCACAGGCAUAGAAGCCAUUCAGAUGGAACGUCCACUCCGCCUGUAGUCCACAGAAGGACAUGUGGUUGCAAUCCAGAGGAGGACUGUCUUUAUGACCACAACUCACCACCAGGUCAAAGAGAAAUGAUCGGAGCAGGUUUUUUGUCAACAAGAAGUCAGCCAGAAUCUCGGGCACAUACGCCGAUGGGAAGGGUUGACAUUAGACCAAACAACGACCUGGAGGUGUUACCACAGAGCCUAUAUUACACUUUCUCCUCACCCAAGCCAGAGUUUAAAUCUGCUCCGACAACUCCGCUUUCUGAAAGGUGGCAAAACGUAACCAAGACCCCACCCACAUAUGCCUCAGUUCAUUGUCAAUCCAACGGAAGAAAACCUUUGGCGAAGACCUCUAAACACGACCUUGGGGAAAUGCCAACGAUCAGACCUUACGAAAGUGACGCGGAUACUGUGUUGACAAGAUUAUGUGGGUGUGAUAAGAUGCUACAGGCACUGUCUGCAAAGCUGGCCCAGCUACAAAUGGAUAAGGAAAGUGCACAGUGUGCAUUAGAGGUGUCUAGACUUCAGUUGCAUGAGUGGCAAGAACGGGGACUUCACGCCCAGGAUGAAUCUCUGACCCAUAAGUCUUUGCUCCAAGAAGAGCUGGUCACAAUCCGAGCCAGGAUGUGCGAUGUAUUGUUGGAAAUGGAUUGGGUGUGGAGUCAAUAUGAAAGAAUGGAGAGCGAGUUGUGCGUUAUACGCUCACACCUUCAGCACAUCUCGAACUUUGGACCUGGACAGGAGCAAACUCAGGCCCAGAAAAUGCUGUGGAUAAUGGAGGAUAUCCUGGCUGCACUCAAGGUCAACAGGGAUCAUUUCUACUUCUUGCUGGUGCUACAGAGGCCACAUGUGCUCCAGUCGACUGCCACACAUUCUGGAUUCACUGGCCAACACACGGAGAUGCCGGGGACUGGCCUGACAAUGGACAUGGAACCGACACCACCUGUCCGUCCAGCAUUACCCCAGGAGCUGCAGGACAACCACCAAAACUGGGACUACAGCCAUGUCCUUACAGAGUCACCAUAUGAGGGAUUUUAUAACUCUAAUGUUGAGCCAGCACAAGUAAGAGGAAGAAAGCAGUCCCACCUUCAUGUUGCAAAGCCCAAGAGAAACACUGGUUGGUCAAACUGAGUGAUUACAACAAAGUACAUGUAAAGAAGAAAAUCAUACCAAUAUCAAAGCAUUGGCCAGCGGUUGAGUUUACUCCUAAUAUAACAAACAUGUCUAGCAUGUACCUUAUGCAAAAUGUUUAAUUUGCUUUUUUUUAAAUCAGAAUCUAC